AUGCCCCAUUCAGAGAAUCUUGAGAACUCACGUUGUCGCGUCGGCUCUCGGUUCAACCUCAAUGGACAAUUGGGCACGAUUCGAUAUAUCGGCCCCGUGGAUGGCACAAGAAGAGAGUGGCUAGGUGUCGAAUGGGACGAUCCUCUUCGCGGCAAGCAUGAUGGUACGAAGGGCGGCAAGCGCUACUUCUCAUGUCUGCAUCCUGGUGCUGGAUCGUUCAUACGAGAUACUUCAGCCAUCAACUGGGGAUUCUCGUUUCUUACUGCACUCCGCUCAAAAUACGUAGAAGAUCUACACGGCUCUUCGGAAGAAUGGGUCACUCUGGGGUCAUCUAAGGGUGCAAUCGAGGUCGAGGUUGUCGGCCUCGACAGGAUCAGGAGCAACUUAGCGCAACUUGAGCGACUGCGUAAUGCCAGCCUUGAUGGAGAGAACGUCGCGGUUGCCGAUGCUCCCGGACUAAUUAGCCGGGCUUCACCAAGUCUACGCCGACUGGACCUUUCAAAGAACCUCCUACCCGACUGGGAUACGGUCGCCUCCAUCACUGUGGAACUCGCAAACCUCGAGCAUCUGUCACUGAACAACAACCGCUUCGGCGCAUUGAAACUAUCGGGAGCUAUCGUAUCCGCGUUUGUGAACCUUCGGGAGUUGCAAUUGAACGCUACGGCUAUCAAUUGGGAUGACCUAAAGUUGGUUACAUCUGGAUCCGUCAUGCCAAAGCUACGGACGCUAGAAGCAGGAUAUAACCAUAUCGGCUCUCUUCAGUCAAAGGAGCAGGCUCAUGAUGUCAAGCCAGCCGUCUUCGAAGUCUUGAACCUCGAUACCAACGCUCUGGAUGAUUGGCUGGACAUCGUCGCCGGCGUUACUCGUUGCCCUGCUGUUACGCGACUCAUCUUGACGUCAAAUAAACUAGGAAACAUUCCGAGCCAGGACACCACUGACGUACACCUCCGACUGUCGGGAAUCAAACAUAUAUCUCUCGUUUCCAACCGAUUGACAUCGUGGGCAUCCAUCGAUGCGCUGGCUUCGUGGUGCCCUGAGCUGGAAAGCCUGAGCGUAGCUGCAAACCCCUUCCUUGACGAUACCUUUCUCGGGCGGCACUCCCGCCAGCUUAUCGUCGCAAAGAUCCCAUCCUUGCGAACACUCGACGCCAGUCAGGUCACUGACCGGGAGAGGAACGACUGCGAAUUGUUCUAUCUCUCCCUUAUCGCACAACAGGGGCCAACCGCUGACGAAGCGCGUCAACGAGAGCACCCACAGUGGGAACGACUCUGCAAAAAACACGGGCGUCCUGAUAAUGCGACUCCGCGGAAAAAUACGGGGGAAAAACUAAGCAGUCGUCUGAUAGAAGUGCACUUGGUACUGGCGACUUCGUCUGACCCCUCAUUUGCGGAGGCUCCGCCUACCGCCACCAUCCGCGUGCUUCCCAGCAUGUCCAUUCGAGCGUUCAGCGCGAAGGUGCAGAAAUCGUUCAAGGGCAGCGCGCAGCCAGCACCACGGCGGCCGAGUGAAUUCAAGAAAGUGCGUUUCUGGCUGCGAGUCGACGGGGGCAGCAGAAGCGCUACCGAUGAUUUGGGUUCAGAGGCAAUACAUGCUGAAUCCUCUGACGCGAGCAACCGGAGAGAUGUAGGUGUGCGGUGGGUAGAACUUGAUGUGGGCAACGACUCCAAGGACUUGGCAUGGUGGGGUAUAGAGGACCAAUCCACAAUAGCAGCACAUAUCGAUUCUUGAGCUGGCUUACGAAUGCCGGUUCAAUAAACAGGCCUUAUUGUGAUCCACCUCAGCACAUACUGG